UUAGCCUCUGUUUUUUCCAUGAACCUCAAUUAAAUAGUACCCCGUCUAGUAAAAUUUGACCACAGGGAUAAAUCCUAGAUUUUGAGCAGAUUAAAAAAAAAAAAAAAAAAUCCUUCACUUCACAGGACACUUCAUGUUCCCAAUUCCUCCCCCAAUUUUUUUUUGGCUUAGGUUUUAAGCAUCUUGACUCAUAAACAUCCAAAAUGGGGCUCUGCCAGUGUUUCAUGUCCCAUACUUUGUUUUGAAGUUUGGAAAGCUGCAGAUUUGUCCGGAGCCUCUCCAGUGCUGAGAUAUUUUGUAAACAGGCUUUACAAAAAACAGCUCCGUUUCGCCACCAGGAUCCCAAGCUGCACAUCAGAUGCUCAGUGAAGAGGUUUUGAUUCUGGCAGUGGGAGAUCCAUCAGCUUGUCUUCCUGUUGUGAGCUUUGCCUUCACGUCCUUUUCCCCCUCCCUCACAGAGCACCUGGUUGAUUAUGGCGUGGAACUAACCGGAAUGAAUGAUUUACGAUUCAUUGAGAAUGUUUACAAGGUCUUGAGGGAGGUUUUCAGCUACAAGCCACUGUUGACCAAGCAGCAGUUCCUUCAGUUUGGCUUUGCUGAAAGGAAAGUCCUCAUUCUCUGUGAUAUCAUUGGCCUUGUUCUCAACAAACACAAAGAACUCACUAAAGAAAGCAAGCAUGUCAGUAAGGGAAAGAGAAGGCCUCAGUUCAAGAGCUGCAGUAAAAAUGAGAUCCCUUCUGCUGAGAGUAACUCACUGAGGUUAACAGCCCUGACAGUACCUCAGAAGCAGCCACUGGUAGAAAGGCAUCUUGGCAGCAGCUCAGUACCGGCUCAGAUCAGAUGCUCCUCAGAAGAGCAGCCACAGCAGGGUGAGGAAACAGAAAAGGACUCGUCUCAGCCUGCAGAUUCCAUUGAGUGUGUUUUAGAGAGCCGGCUGUGGGGUGUAGAAGCAAGUCUUCUGGAGAGUGUUGGCAGACUGGAGAAGCGACUGGCCCUAACGGAACACAGGAUUCAUGCUCUGGAGAAAAGCUUUGCCGGCAAGAUUAUCAUUGAAAGCAGCCAGUGGGAGAGUUUGGAGAGUCGUGUGCUGCUGCUGGAGACCAGGCUGGCACUGACCUCAGCACAGGGUCUAACUUUAGGAGGUGAUGUCCUCAGUACAAACAAUGGUAGAUUCAAAGAGGACACGGUAUCUGCAAGUGGCAUUUCUACUGUGAUUCAUCCACCAUCUGACAUUAGUGAUAAUGGACACACUUCAGCCAGUUCUCCUCCGACCGCUCCCCAGAAUUUUAAAGAAAGGCUGGACAGAAUAGUUUACAUGAUGAAGGAUACAUCUAACAUUCUGCCAAAACCGAAUCAACGAUGUCAAUUUGAUCACAGUCCAGAGAAACUUAUUUUAAAAACAUGCUCCAAAAUAGAGAAAUAAAUCUGAGUGUAUGAAGUUUAUUUAGAAUUUCCCUCCUGACCAGUUGGGUUAUGACACCAAUUAUUUGACAGCACAGAGUGGGUCACUGACCUCUGUAUGUUCUUCCAGACGUUCCCUUCAGUACCCUAUAUACUGCAGACACUAUGAGAAUCACUGUUGAGAUCAAUCGGACCCAAAAUAAUCAUGGAGAGGAAAAGAAAGGAGUCAGAGUUGGGAAGGAUGCUCAGACAUAUGGUUUGGGACCUGAUGUCUGAACAGCUGGAGCUCACUAAACUGAAGGGGCUGCACAUUGUCUCCAAUAGCCACAGGGUUUUGCUGAUGCCUGCAUAUGGGUCACUGAUGUGUUUUUAUUAUUUUUAAAACAAAAAUAUAUUUAAAUGCAAUGUUUGUAAAUUGCAAUACAAUUUAUUUAAAUGUCACUAAAAUUUUCACUAAAUGUUUAAAAUGUUAAAUUUCUGGGCUAAAAUUCAUCGUG